AUGGCAAGACUUUCAGGAUUGCAGCGCGACGUGCUUAAGUUAUGCCGCCAGUCGUUCCGGACAGUGCGGACAAAGCCGCCGGAAUACCAGGCUCACUGGCGUGCUUAUAUAAAGCAGGAGUUCGCGAAAAAUCGCCUGGUUUCUAAAAAACAGUUCAGUGUCAUCGAGCACUUGCUACGCGUAGGUCAUCGCCGACUUGAAAUGUACCUGAGUCCCGCAAUCAAAAACGUUCAUUAG